AUGGGACAAAUCCGAUAUUCUAUACCUGAGGAAAUGGCGAAGGGUUCUAUUGUCGGGAAUAUAGCAAACGAUCUUGGAGUUGAACUGAAGCGGCUUGUGUCCGGAAGGGCUCGAGUAUUCACCUCGGAUGGCAGUGAGUACGUUGGGUUGGAUAGAGAAAAGGGGCAGCUUGUUGUAAAGCAAAGAAUGGACCGCGAGCAGCUAUGUGGGGAGGUAGCCGCUUGUAGUCUGAGUUUUGAUGUAAUUCUAGAAAACCCCAUGGAGUUGUAUCGUGUAACCGUUGAUGUAGUGGAUAUAAAUGACAAUAGCCCUGUAUUCCCAGGGAAUGAAAUCGAUCAAGAAAUCAGCGAAUUAACCCUACCGGGAGCACGUUUCUCUUUAGAGAGCGCGAUCGAUCCAGAUGUGGGCAUGAAUACCUUACAAAAGUAUGUUUUACAUCCCACAAACCAUUUCAACCUGAACGUGCAAAGCAACGCACAUGGUAGUAAAAAGGUUGAAAUGGUUCUUAAAACACCUUUAGACAGGGAGAAAACGGAUAAUCACUACCUCACUCUCACCGCUUUUGAUGGCGGCAAUCCACAACGGUCCGGGACGGUAAAAAUCCACAUUCGUGUUCUCGAUGUGAAUGACAAUGCGCCUAUAUUUAAUCAGCUAUCAUACAAAGCCUCGGUGCUCGAAAAUUCACCGAUAGGUACAUUGGUAACAACUGUUACAGCAACGGACGCUGACGAGGAAUCAAGCGCUAAUAUCCAGUAUUAUCUUGAGCAUGCCACGGCUAGUGUCAAAACCUCAUUUAGUAUUAACACAUUAACUGGUGAGGUAAAGGUAGCCGGAUUAAUAGACUACGAGAAAUACAAACAAUUCCAGAUAAACGUAAUGGCUAAAGACAACGGGGGUUUGAAAGCCUCGUGUGAAAUCAUAAUUGAUGUUAUUGAUGUAAAUGAUAAUGUUCCAAAAAUAACCGUCAUGUCAUUUUCCAGUACUUUGCCUGAAAACGCAGCACAUGGAACUGUUGUAGCAAUGAUUAAUGUUCAAGACAUAGAUGCGGGUGAAAACGGUAAAGUAACAUGCUCAAUCCCUCGGACAUCUCCAUUUAAAAUAGUCUCGUCGUCCUUACCAAAUUAUUACAACCUAGUGACAGAUUCAGCACUGGACAGAGAACAGACACCCGAGUAUAAUGUAACCAUAACUGCCGUAGAUGGAGGGAAUCCGUCGCUAUCCAGCGAAGAGACACUAUGUGUAAAGAUAUCAGAUGUCAAUGACAAUGCGCCAGAAUUUGAGCAGGAAACCUAUAAUGCCUUAGUACUUGAAAACAACUCCCCAUCAUUGUCUAUAUUCUCGGUAAAAGCUAAGGACGCCGAUUGGGGCCCAAAUGCAAGAAUAUCUUAUUUUCUCGACGAUGGGAGUUUAAAUGGGACACCUCUGGCAUCAUUUAUUUCUAUAAAUACAGACACUGGCGUGAUCUACGCCAUGAAGCCUUUUGAUUAUGAACAGAUGAAGUCUCUGAAAAUAAGAAUCAAAGCACAGGAUGGAGGCACUCCCCCUCUGAGCACCAAUGCAACACUGAACAUCUUUGUGCAAGAUCAGAAUGAUAACACACCACAAAUACUCUAUCCAGUGCAGACCAGUGGCUCUGUGGUGGCAGAAAUGGUGCCACGAUCAGCUGAUAUUGGUUAUCUGGUGACCAAAGUGGUGGCUGUCGAUGGGGACUCUGGACAGAAUGCCUGGCUCUCAUAUAAGCUGCACAAACCUGCAGACAGGCCGCUGUUUGAAGUGGGUGCACAGAAUGGAGAGAUCAGAACUGUGCGCCAGGUGACUGAUAAAGAUGCUGUGAAGCAGAAACUCACUGUUGUAGUGGAGGACAACGGACAGCCCUCUCGCUCAGCUACAGUCAAUGUGAACGUGGCGGUGGCAGACAGCUUUCCUGAAAUACUCUCAGAAUUCACAGACUUUACGCACGACAAGGACUACAAUGAUAACCUGACUUUCUACUUAAUCAUAGCCCUGAUAGUAGUGUCAUUCCUCUUCAUUUUCUCUGUCAUUGCAAUCAUAUCUGUCAAAAUCUACAGAUGGAGACAGAGAAAGUUGUAUUAUAAAUCGGCCAACAAUCUCCCAGUCAUCCCCUACUAUCCUACCAUGUACUCUGAUGGGACUAUGCAGCAAGUCUACAAUUAUGAGUUUUGUGGGACCACUGAUUCGAGGAGGAGUGACAUGAAACCUAUGAGACCGUACAGUCAGAACACCCUGGUGAGCCUGAGUCGGCCAGGAACAGUACUGAGAGAAAAGAAAGAACAGCUGGAUGCUGAUUUCUCUCUAGAGGUGAGGUCAGCAUACUUGUAUGCUUUAGACUUGCACUACAGGUCACUUGGAAUUUAG